UAAAAUAUUACUGGCUUUUGGAGGUCCUGGAUAUCUAGCUCAUCAUAAGUCGGUGAUUUGACAAUAACCCACGAUCACAUGUUUCCUUUCUCCAGCCGGUUGCUGACUUCAUCUUCUGGAUAUGAGGUUUAUUUACCUUCAAAUGUCCCAACGAUAAAGAAGGAAGAAAUUCGUGUCCUUCCUCUAUGACUUCAAAUGUUUAAGCAAUGUCACCAUUCUUCUUUUAGACUAGUUCGGACGAUCAUACGCGGCAUUUUGUUGGAUAAGUAAUCAUCUCAUUGGCGCAUCGAUUCUGCUCAGUGGAUGGAAACUGAUUUUUCGGGAAGACAAGCUUAAGUUCAUGUGUAUCGAAUAUCUCUCUGGAGCAAUACCAUGAAACUCUGUCUGAAUACUACCAAUGAAAUUGGAUACUUCAUACCAGAAUCUGUGAAGGUACUCUGAAUAAAAAGUGGAGUUAUGGCGCGUAUAUGCAAUAUCAAGUGAAUGGAGCUAGAUUCCUGGGCCAAUACCCCGAGACAAUGUCGCAAGAGGCGCAGUGAGUCACAUGAUAUCAAGGUGGAGACUCUUUCCAGAUGGUGCGAAUCCGGAUUCCACACUCAAGAUGUCAAAUGUAGUUUUCUAACUACAUUCAUCCAUAUAAAAGGUGUUGGAGAUCCUCACAUCACUCUUCAAGAUGAUUCGACGUAUAUUGACUCCAGCUACAAAUACGUUAAUCAGGGGAGAAGCUCUAGAUCCAUUGAUCAAAUCAUGUAUCACUUCGACUGACUUCUUCUUUAAAAGCCACACGAGCGGUUAGCUUGUACGACAGGAUUGACGCUUCUAUUUGUAACUCCACUUUCUUCCAAUGUUAUGGUCUCUUCAACUCGCAGAAACUUCCUCGCACCAAUUUUGGUUCGAGCUAAAGUCUAAAAGAUGUUAUCUAACUCAGCUUUGAAGCAACAUUUGGCGGCUCGAAAGCAUGAUCGUAUUCUCUUCAGUAGAGCUACGCAGUUUUCUCUCAAAACAGAAAUAAGUUUAAUGUACUUGUGAGGAAAAUCGCUUCCUACAUCUUGAAGAGAUAACAUUCUUCGAUAUGUAAUUCCUUCUACGUUGGUGGGCACGACAUGCUCCCUUGUUCUGUGUGGCAUUUCAAUCGUUUGGCAGUAACACAAACAGUAAAAUGUGUAGCCUUGUCCGUUAGUCUAAACUAGAACCACUAGCAACAAUCCUCCGUCUACUGACGGCGUGGUUUACAUUCCUAUUGCUCAUCGAAUAAGGAUGAAAUCGGAAUAAAGAAAUCAGAUCAAACAUGUUCCUAGAUCUGCUGAUGCUUGCUACUCACCUUGCAGAUGAUUCCUCCGUACAAGCACUAACUUCGC